GUUUUAGGGUUCUUUCUUUCCCAUGGUCACCAUGGAUGGAAGAGCUCCCGAUUCUCUCGGCGCGGCCAUCGCCACGGCUGUGGAGCGCAUCGGUAAGCUCCAGGAGGCGUUUCUUGCGGUGCGGAGCUUGCGAGGGUCUGCCCUGGCCGUGGAAUGGAGCGAGCUCAAGGAGGAUUUGAGCGACAAGGAGCAGAAUCUCAGGCAGAGGUACGAGCAGCUAGUUGCCAUGGAGCGGGAUUUCGAGGCCCGGAGCAGGGAAAUCCAAGGCAACAUCGCCAAGCGCGACGCCGAAAUCUCCGACAAGGAAGACGCCUUGAAUCAAAAGGACCGGGAUCUAGCAGUGGUAGAGGCAGUAGAGAACCAGCAGCAGCAGGGCAAAGAGCCAGGAAUCCAGCCAAUGGACACCGACAUUGUCGUGGAUUACUCUCCAGCAAAGAUCCCACCGCUCAAGGACUCCUCUUCUUGCGACGCUGGGAAUGCAUCCCAGGACAAGGCGGCGGAGGUGAGAGUUCGUCCAUAUCUUAAGUCGCUGUGUGAGAACAUGGAUGGAGAAGGGCUCAGGAAGUAUGUGAUCGAUCACAAGAAGGACAUGGGUGCUCUCCGGAUUGAGAUGCCGUCGGCUCUGCAGCACGCUAGCGAUCCGGCACGGCUGGUGCUGGAUGCGAUCCAGGGGUACUACCAUCCACCGGAGCUCGAUUCUAGUAGCAACGAAGUGGGAUCUUCCGCUCCCGCCAACCGGAGAGCUUGCAUUCUUUUGCUAGAGGCAUUGUCGUCGGUACUUGGUGUCGAUCAUCCAGAGGUGCCACUCGAUAUAAAGUUUCUGGUGAGGGAAGUGGCCCAGCAGUGGAAGUCCAACAUGGACAUCCAGGAUGGCCCCGAGGGGAACUCUUUGGAUGCUCAAGCGUUCCUUCAGCUCUUGGUAGCUUAUGGUCUCAGCUCCGAGUAUGAUGAGGAAGAGCUGUGCAAACUGGUUCUAGCCGUCGCACGACGAAAGCAGUCGCCUGCUCUUUGCAAGGCUCUUAAUCUGUCGCAUAAGAUUCCGGAGAUCGUGGAUCAUCUUGCUGCUGAUGGAAAGCAAAUCGAGGCUCUUGCGUUUGCACACGCAUUUGACAUGAUGGACCGUCUAGAGCCCGUAUCUCUCCUCAAGACUUACUUGAAAGACGCACGAAGGAACGUUCACAACAAGCCUGGCAAUGGUCCCAAGGGUCAGGUCGAUGCCGUGACUAAAGAGCUAACCGCUGUCAAGAACGUGAUAAAAUGCAUAGAGGACUACCGGCUAGAAGACGACUACCCGUCUUCCCCGCUACACAAGCGAGUAGUUCUUUUAGAGAGAACCAAGUCGGAGAGGAAGAGAACAGGUGGCUCGGUUAAAGGUCAGGCAAAGCGUCCGAGAAACGGAGGCUACGACAGAAACUACUUUAACAGGCCAGCGGACAAAUUCCAAGUUUUCAGCGAGGUCCCUUACAGCCUCGCCCCGGCGCCAGCUUACGAUGCUCGGCUUCCCGCAACAUACUCAACUUACGCUCCAGCGGGUGUAGCAAAUGGCAGGAGUAGAACACCGGCAGGGGGGAGCUAUGUCUACUCGGUCGAUGGCUCUAUCUACAGCUCCAACAUUUACGGAACACAAUCUCCAGCGCCUUACACCAGUUACCAGAUUGCUCCCGGGCUUCCGCCGCCACCACCGACUUACCAGACAACUUUCAUGCACUAGCUGGGUGGAAAGGAAUGGGAGCUCUCGAGAAUAAACAGGGGUGGAUGUACAUCAAGAGGAAAUAACAAGCAGCUCAUUUUCUUC